GCCUGCACCGCCGAGGGCGGAGAGGGCCCCUGCCCCGAAGCGCAAGCUGGCGCGCGCCGAGGCAAAGCCGGAGGAGCGGGGGCGCAAGCGCGCGCGCCAGGAGGCCAGCGGAGGCAGCCCCAAGGGCAAGGGCGGGAAGAGCGGCAAGGAGCGCGACGGCAAGAACGGCGGCAAUGGCAAGGGCAAGAAGGGGGCCAAGGGACAGGGAAAGGGCAAGGCCCAGGGCAAAGCGCCCGCCGCACCUGCGGCAGAGCCCGCCGCCAGCGCCCCCGCGGCCUCUGCAGCCCCGGCGCCGGCGGCAGCCCCGAGCGCAGUGGCCCGGGCCAAAGCCGCCGCCGUCGCGGUGGCCGCGGUCCACGCCGAG